AUGAUAUGGUUCUUCAUUUUCUGAGUUAUCAGUCACGGAGAAGAAAUAAUUGAGCUGGCUAAAACAGAAAAAGAGCUUGAAAAUGAAGCAGGCUUAGUGUCCGACUUGGUGCAUGAGCUCAAAGAUAUCAGUCAAGAAUCCUAUAUCAUGUCAGUCAUGACUGAAAUCAAUAAUCUCAGAGAUAAUUUAUUCAGAAUCGGAAGAUCACUUGAUAAUCUUGAUAGAUUUGCAUCAGAAUUAGCAAAAAGCACUAUGGAAAUCAAUGAAAAUAAGACCCGUGAUGCUAUUGCAUCAUUUGAUAAGUUAGGUGAAAAUUUAUCUGCAUUAGAAGGUAAAAUUGUGGAAUAUGAAGAAAAAGAUCUGCAUCGUUAUUCAUGCUAGAUUGUAGAGAAGCCCACUGUAGAGUUAAAAACCCCCAAUUUACUUCUAUGCCUAUUCUACUGUUUGCUUUUUAGCUCGCACAAGCCUUGAACUGAGCUGCUCUCUUCUCACUAGGGCCUGAGCUUUCUCCUCAUAAAUCUAAUUUGUUUGCCAUCUUGCCACACCAUAGAUUGCCUCCAAAGAAAAUUCAAAAGUCCGAAUUUUCUUGUCAGCUGUUGGGUACAAUGUAAAUUCAAAGCUUAGGGUGCAAUACCUUAGCACACUGGGUAAAUGUCCAAAUUAUCCAAGAAAUCUUUUUUUGAUAAAGCUUAUAGAGCCCUUCCGGCUUUGUGUCCCAUUUAUCAUGAGGAAAAAUAUUAAUUUUGGAUAAUCAGCUCAGCAUCACCGCUCCACCUGCACCAGCGAAAUUUAUCUUCCUCCCUCAAAAUCCUGGGUUUUCAUUAAGGCCCCUCUAGAGGAGUUAGAGGUUGGCUUGAUUCGCCAUUUUAAUAUAUAUAAAAGAUCUGCAUCAAAAAAUCAAAAAAAACGCAGAAGAAGCUGAAAAUUUCGAUAAAGACUACAAAGCUAAGCUAAAUUCAUUACUAGAUGCAAUGAAAAGCAUUGAAACAGAAUUGGAAAGUGUAUGAAUAAAAACUUUUAUACACAUCUUACUAGGAGUAGCAUGUAUAAUUUUGUUCUUUAGUUGGAAAAUCCUAAAUAAAGCUCUAAAGUAA